CCUUAUGUUGUCCUCCUCACUGUCUGUCUACUCUUUACCUCUCCACCACGAACAAAGCAGAGACAUAAGCAUGGAGCUUCCAUCUAUGGAGCUGUACUAUCCACGUCAUCAUCCUCGUCUUCUUCAUCAGGAGCCAAUACCCAAAACCCAUGAUCGUGUACGGAUAGUCCCGGGUACUGUGACCCUGCAAAGAUGUUGUACUCAGCGAAUUCGAAGACUGGGUUUCUUGAAAACUCGGUCGUUUCUGCUGGAACAGACAGGAGGGAAGAUGGUGGUUGAGCUGGUGGGGGCAUUCAACGAGCUCACAGAGAGGAUGGGGAUGCUUUCCAGCAGUGGGUCCCAGUUACUCUUCAAGGCUCUCAAGCUCUCCAUUCCUCUGCUCCACGCUUUGCCUCUAACCCCAGAUGGUCGUUCCUCGCUCUCCAGGGCCUUGUCUAUUUCUCUCCUUCUCGCAGACCUUCAGAUGGAUGCUGAAGUUAUCUCGGCUGGGAUACUCAGACCAGUUCUGGAGGCUGGUGCAGUUUCAAUUCUUGAUGUUAGAAACCAGAUUGGUACUGGCACUGCCCAUUUAUUGCACGAAAGCUUGCGGGUCAUGAAGGUCCCUUCUAAAGUUGAUGUCUUGGAUGAUGGCAGUGCUGCUGCGCUGAGAAAGUUCUGCUUGACGUACUACGAUAUGAGGGCUGUGAUUUUAGACUUGGUUCUCAGGCUUGACAUGAUGAGACAUCUUGGUUACCUCCCAAGGUAUCAGCAACAAUCGAUUUCUCUAGAGGUUAUGAAGAUUCACGCACCUUUAGCUCAUGCUGUUGGGACCAACUGGCUGUCACUGGAGCUGGAGGAUCUCUCGUUUCAGUACUUGUUUCCCCAUUCCUACCUUUAUGUUGAUACAUGGUUGAAAAGUCAUGAGAGUGGAAGUAAGCCUCUGGUUGAUGUAUACAAGGAACAGCUCUUGCAGUCGUUGAGAGUUGAUCCUUUGUUGGCAGGCAUGGUUGUUGAUGUUUCAGUUGAUGGUCGGUAUAAGAGUCGGUUUAGCACCAUGAAGAAGCUGUUGAAAGAUGGUAGGAAGCCAGAGCAAGUGCAUGAUGUGUUAGGAUUGAGAGUCAUAUUGGAGCCUAGGAGUGGCGAAGAUAUGGCAGAAGUAGGGGAAAGCGCUUGUUACAGGACGCGUGAAGUUGUUCAAUCUUUGUGGAAGGAAAUGCCUCGUAGGACAAAAGAUUACAUUGCCAGGCCUAAGGCAAAUGGGUACAGGAGUUUACAUAUGGCUGUUGAUGUUAGUGACUGUGGCAAGAGUAGACCAUUGAUGGAAAUACAAAUAAGGACUAAGGAGAUGGACAUGUUGGCAGAUGCUGGAACGGCAUCCCACUCAUUGUACAAGAGUGGUCUUACAGACCCAGAAGAGGCAAAGCGACUCAAGGCCAUAAUGAUGGCUGCAGCUGAAUUUGCGGCGUUGCGUCUUCAAGAUAUUCCGUCCACGAAUCAUGAAGGUAUUGAGACGGAGCAGAGUCAGAGCGAUCGAGUAUUCCGCCUUCUUGACAAGAAUGGAGAUGGUAGGAUCAAUAUUGAGGAACUUAUGGAGGUGAUGGAAGAGCUUGGUGCCCCAGGGGAAGAUGCACGUGAGAUGAUGCAGCUCCUUGAUGCAAAUAGUGAUGGUUCACUUAGCUCAGAUGAAUUUGAUUUGUUUCAGAGACAGGUUGAAUUUAUGCGCAAUUUCGAGGACGAAGAUGAGCCGUACAAGACCGUAUUGAAUGAGAAACUUCAAAUUGCCGACAGUAGCAGCUUGAUCCAGGUGUCUGGUGAAGAUCUUAGCAGCAGGCUUGGAAACUAGAUCUGCUUGCAUCUGGUUGAAGAGAUAUCUGUAGUUACUCUCAUUCACCAUGUAAAUAGAAAUAUUUGAACUGUAUAUAUACCAAAUUUCUCUUGUAAUGGUGUAAGAUAUUAUUGUUCAGGGGUCCAAUGUUGUAGAACCUGUUGGUUCCUAAAGAAAGAAUAGCCAGAUGCCUACAAAGUAUAGUAUCCUAGGUGUGAUGUAUAUGUAAUUAGCUAUCCAACAUGGCAUUCUCUCCCGUGAUUUUAAUAAAGAAUGUAUAGCAUCCUUACAAGCUAUUGUCUUUGUGUUUCAGUAGAGAAAUUGAUUAGAUGGUCCGUUAGUGAGUGAUGGAGUCAAAUGUGGUGGUUGUGAAACUAGUCGAAAGUGGUGGAAAUAGCAGCAAUCUUCAUGUUUACGUUUUCGGAAAUUUUGAAUUUCUGUUGAUGCUUUUCUCCAGGCCCUACUAUUAUUAGCAGAGCCACCCGAAAAUGAGUGAAAACUCUGGUCAAGCUGCUCAAGAGGUCUCCUCCGUGGAGAUGGAGUUUGACGACCUAUGUAGCGAGCAAGAUGUGCAAGAAGCAAUCAAAAAACUAGCUGAUCGGCUGAACAAGUUCCAGGUUGAAUUUAUGCGCAAUUUUAAGCACAGAGAUGAGCAGUACAAGACCGUGUUGACCGAGAAACUUCAACGUGCAGACAACAGAAGCUUGAUACAUGGUGGAGAUCUUGACAGCAGCCUUGCAAAUUAGAUUUGCUUGCAUCUGGUUGAAGGGUUAUUCGUAGUUACUCUCAUUCACCAUGUAAAUAGAUCAAUUCCACUGUAUAUGCUAAAAUACUUAUGUAGGCUAUCAUUGUCAAGAGGUCCUACUGUUUUAGAA